GGGCUUCUUCUUGGCUGUGUUUGAUUUUAGGUUUAUGGCGGGGGAAUAUGAUCCCGUGAAGGGCACUGUGGCGUGGUUCGAUGUCCCGAGGGGAUAUGGCUUCAUUACGCCGGAGGACGGCGGCGAGAACCUCUUCGUUCACUAUUCCUCGAUCAAAGCGAUGGGUUUCCGCUCGCUUUCUGGUGGCGAGCUCGUCGAAUUUGUUGUCUCCGUGGGCGAUGAUGGCCGCAGAAGGGCAGUCAGCGUCACUGGGCCCGGCGGGGCAUACGUCAAGGGUUGUCGGUACUUUGAUGGUGCUUGCUACCGCUGCGGCGAGGUAGGUCAUAUGGCGACGGACUGUAAAAGUGAUGGCUGUUGCCGUAGGCUCGGGCCUUGUUAUGGAUGUGGGGCAAUGGGUCAUCUCGUUAAGGAGUGCCCAGAUGCGCGAAUAGAGUCUUCUUCCCCAAGAUCUAAUAUCUUUAAGGCCUGGAAACUGUCGGAUAACGCGGAGGAGGAUAUUCGAACUGUAUUUAGCAGGCUUUACGAAAGCACGGACUCUGCAGAA